AUUUUGAACUAAAUACAUGAACUUUUCAUCUAACUUGCUUAUAUUUUUCUAUCCUCACUUCCAAAAAUUCCAUAACUUUCUUCUCCAAUGGAUCACAAUUUCUUAACCUUUCUCUUCCUCUUCUUCUUUCUCUCCUUUCUUCACCAUCCAGUUUCUGCAUCAAAUUUAUACAAAAUCAAACAACUAAAUUCAGACUUUCUUUCACAAUCCACAAUCUCACAAGAUUCUCAUACGCCACAACCAACAACCAAAUACUUUGAGGUAGCAAAACCUAUUGAACUCCCAAAAACAAAACCUUGUUCAUACCAUAUUCUUCAUCACGAUUUUGCUCACACAUAUGGAAAACCCCCAGUUUUUGCUAAUUACACCCCUCCUUCUCAUUGUUCAUCCAAAAACGUUUCCAAAAUUGUUCUUGAAUGGAAAGCAACAUGUGAAGGAAGACAAUUUGAUCGCAUUUUCGGUGUUUGGCUUGGUGGUGUUGAGUUACUCAGAAGCUGUACUGCUGAACCAAGAGCCACUGGAAUUGUAUGGACAGUUGAAAAAGACAUCACAAGGUAUCAUUCUUUGUUAUUCAAUCAUCAACAUCAUCAACAGAAUCAAACCCUAGCUGUUUUUUUAAGAAACGUUGUUGACCAAAUUUACACCGGUGUUUAUCAUGUUGAUAUCACUAUUCACUUUUACCCUUUUCAUGUCAACACUCAUGAUGAGAAAAAAAAGUUGAAUCCUUUAGCAUUUAGAAGUAAUUCUCAUGCUGAUUUGAUCUUACCCAUUUCAAAAACUCUCCAACUCAAUGAUGGGUUGUGGUUCAAUAUUCAAAACUCAACUGAUACUAGUUUGAAGGAAUUCAGUGUUCCACAAAAUGCAUAUAGGGCUGUGUUAGAGGUUUACGUUUCAUUUCAUGAGAAAGAUGAGUUUUGGUAUAGUAAUCCACCAAAUGAAUAUCUUUCUGCAAAUAACAUAACUAAUUCACCCGGAAAUGGACCCUUUAGAGAGGUUUUAGUUACUCUUGAUGGUAAAGUUGUGGGUUCAGUUUGGCCUUUUACUGUAAUCUACACUGGAGGGGUUAAUCCUCUCUUAUGGAGACCAAUUACUGCCAUUGGUUCAUUUGAUCUUCCGUCAUAUGAUAUCGAAAUUACGCCUUUUUUGGGCGAAAUACUAGAUGGAAAGAAUCAUUUGAUUGGAUUCAAGGUGACUAAUGCAUUGAAUGUUUGGUAUAUUGAUGCAAAUUUACAUCUUUGGUUGGACGCGAAUAGCGUUAGAACGGAAGGAGAACUGGCGAAUUACAUUCACAAACCUUUGGUUGAAUCUAUAGUAUCUGAUUUUAAUGGUUUAAACGGAACGUUCUUGACUAGUGCAAAGAAAUCCAUUUUGUCUAGUGGAUGGAUUAGAUCGUCUUAUGGUAAUAUCACAACUAGUGUUGUUCAAGAUUUUACUUACUAUAGUUCAAUGGUAUUUAGCAAGAAUGGUGCCAAACAAGCAGUGAAUCAAACUAUAUUGUUCAACGAUGCUGUUCGUGUUAAACUUCCAUCGUCGCGUCUAGAUUUAGUCGAUGACAGUAGCAGAAAAUUUUCGCUUUACUUGGAUUCUGAUCAACUAGGCCAAGAUAAUGACAAUUUUGUGGCUGUUUCAAAUGUUACAUUAGGAUUUGAUGUGAAUAAGGCUAAGAGGGAGGAUUCUGGAUUUUCAAAGAGCUUUCUGAAAAAUGUGUUGAAUGGCAAGGGUAAAAUGGUGGUUGAAAACAAUUUGGUUGUUGGUGGAGUGGGAGAAACACAGCAAGAUUAUAGAUAUGAAAGCAAUGAAGGUUGCUACUUUAGAAACGUUGGAAGCUCAAAUUACACAAUUUUAUAUGAUAAUGUAAAAAAUUCAUGCAACAAAAGGAGUCACUCUCCUUUCUAGUUCUAGUCAUGGAUUUUGUUUGUGUCAAAUAAAAUUAUUUUCAGAUCGCUUUGCGA